AUGGAGCUGGAUGAGACGCGGCCCCUCAGGGAGGACCCCCCUCCGAGCAGAGGAACCUCCACCCUGACGUGUGCACAGGAGGUCACUCAAGCCGAGGUCCUGACCACCUCCUCUGCCAGGCACCGGGCCGCCGGUCAGUGUGCCCCUCGAGGCCUGGGCGUCAUGUCGGGAAGCACUGCUGACGCGCCGGGGCACGAGGGAGGGGCCGACCCGAGUGCAGAUCUGGAGGGCCUGCCCCCGCCGGUGGGCACAAUGCAGUCGCUUCGCUUCCUGUCUGCUGAGGCCCUGGCAUCGCACCCCCAGGUGGCCCGGCGCAGCCUGGACGGGGCAGCCCACAGCUUGUACCCGCUGCUCUUCAAAGCCAGCUACGUGCUGGAGCAGGCGGAGGUGAUCCGCGUGCUGCUGGAGCACUGGCCGCUGGAGGAGUUCCGGCUGGGCGCCCUGCUGGGACCAAGCGCAGACCACCCGGAGGACCUGCGGGACCGGGCCUGCCGGGCCUGCCUGGAGGCCUGUGUGCGCGGCCUCGCGGACCACGUGCUCCGGGGCGGGGGCCGGCGGCGGCGGCUGAGGGUGGCCGACCUCACAGGCAUCCGAGACGUGCAGGUGCAGGGGUGUCCCUGCGGGAGGGCGCUGGGCAGGUGGGGCCGCACCGAGCUGCUGGCCAGGACCUGCUGCGAGCUGCAGGCGGAGGCCCGUGCGGCCCGGCACCCCAUCGAGGUCCUCGCCGACAUCUUCGUCACCGGGGGCAGCUUCGAGUUGGUGGUGCGGGCCCUGGGGCCGGCGGGCCCCGCCCCGAUGCGCCUGCGCUGUCUCUCCUUCCGGGCCGACAGCCUGGGCGCCGAGCAGCUGCUGCACGUGCUGCGUCUGGCGGGGCCCGGCGAGCUGCGCAGGCUGGAGGUGGUGCACAACGUGCGUCUGCACGCCGGCCACGUGCAGCAGCUGCUGGCGCAGGUGGGCUUCCCCCGGCUGGUGUCGCUCACCCUGCCCAUCAAGGCCUUGGACGCGCCCCCGGCCAGCACCCCCGCCCCUGACGGCGAGGACCCCCUGCUCACCUCCAUCGCCUGGGAGCUCAGCCAGAUGACGCAGCUCACUGAGCUGAGCGUGGCCUUCUGCACGCUGACCGGGAAGCUCCAGAAACUGCUCAGCCCGCUCCGGACGCCGCUGAGAGCGCUGGACCUGGGCCACUGCGCCCUGGACGGCGCCGACGUGGCCUUCCUGGCGAGCUGCCGCCACGCCGCCCACCUGGAGACGCUGGACCUCAGCGGGCACCGCCUGCCGGACCCGCUGCCCUCGGCCUUCCUCCGGCUGCUGGGCCGGGCCGCCCCGACGCUCGCGGCCCUGACCCUGGAGGACUGCGGCCUGGCCGACCGGCACGUGGGCGCGCUGGGCGCCGCGCUGGGCGCCUGCCGCCGGCUGCGCGAGCUCCGCCUCCCGGGGAACCCGCUGUCCGCGCGCGCGCUCCGGAGCCUCCUCGCGGCCCUCUGCGCUCUGCCCCGGCUGCGGCGCGUGGAGCUCCCGGUGCCCAGGGACUGCUACCCCGAGGGCGGCGCCUACCCCCUGGACGGGCCGGCGGCGGCCAAGUUCGACCGGCAGAGAUACGACGCGAUCGCGGGCGAGCUGCGCGCGCUGCUGCUACGGGCCGGCCGCGGCGACAUCCGGGUCUGCACGCCGCUCUCCGGGGACUUCGACCCCGACACCCGGGAGACGGGCCGCGAGCUCGGGGCGCACCUGCGGCAGGCGUUGGCCACGGCCCUGGAGGGCGCCUCGCGGGCGCUGCGGCACGCGGAGUAG